AGACGCGAAAAAAUUUACGCUACCGUUUCCAGAGAAAUGUUUAUGGGCUGUGCGUUCUGGGCAUAAAAAUUAGUGCCUCUGUUUCCCUAGAGCAGACUAUACUUCUAGCUGCAUAGCCAGUGCCCAGAAACAAUGCUUACCUUUUGCCAGCUAACCUCAUGUUUUGCCAUAGUGCUGCCAUUGUUAUUGUGCAGCUCACACUUUGCCUGCGCCGACAUUUUCAGCUACGGGGUUUUCAACGAAUCCAACAUAAUAUUACUAAAGGAUGCUUCCAUACAUUCUCAGCGGGUGGUCACCCUAACCAAUCAAACAAGGCAUUCAAUAGGCCGUGUUCUGUACCCCAACCCCAUCAAAAUAAAAGCCAGCAAUAAUUCAAUUUUACCCUUCAGCACUACCUUUGUUAUGUACAUUGGGGUUCCAUCUAAGGGGAAGGGCGGGAAUGGGAUGGUUUUUAUCAUGGCUCCCAAUAACUCUGUUGUGGGCGCCCAAGAUUCCCAGUACCUGGGAAUCGCCUCCCCUAAAACAAAUGGUCUCCAAUCCAACCAUUUCUUGGCAGUAGAAUUUGAUACGGCAUAUGACCAUGAUGUUGGCGAUAUAGAUGACAACCAUAUUGGAGUUAACGUGAACGGCGUUAGAUCAUUUGAAUCUCAGCCGGCAGCCUAUUGGUUGGACGAUGAUCAUUUUAACAAUUUCAGCCUGAAAAGUGGAGAGAACAAGCAAGUCUGGAUUGAUUAUGAUCAUGAAGAAGAUCGGCUUAAUGUGAGUGUUGCAAUGUACGGGAUGGAGAAGCCUAUCCGGCCUUUGAUAUCUGUUAAGAAAUUUAAUCUCUCAGCAGUUUUGAAGGAAGAUGUGUAUGUGGGGUUUUCUGCAUCGACAGGGUUUCAAGCAAUUGAAGAUCAUCAUAUUCUCGGCUGGAGCUUCAGUACUGAAGGUAAAGCACCGACCCUAGAUCUCUCAGAUCUCCCUUCAUUGAUCAGAAAAGAGCGUACAACUAAAUCCAGAGGCUUUGCGGCUGGUGUGACUGCAGCAUCUCUAGUUGUGUUCUUUGUUGCCGUCUUCUUUGCAUUAAUUAAAGUCAAAGAAAUAAUAAAUAGGGACUUGAUUGAAGAAUGGGAGCUAGAGUUUUGGCCUCACAGAAUUCCACACGAAGAGCUAAAAGCUGCCACACAAAACUUCAAUAAUGACCAGCUGGUGGGCUGCGGGGGUUUCGGACGGGUUUACAAGGGCGUUCUCGGCAGAAGCGGCCUGGAAGUUGCAGUGAAAUGCAUCACAAAGGACUCCACUGCAGGAAUGAAGGAAUUUGUUUCAGAAAUCUCCAGCGUGGGUCGUCUUCAACACAGAAACCUUAUUCAAUUGCGGGGAUGGUGCAGGAAGAGCAAACAGCUAUUUAUUGUUUAUGACUACAUGCCAAACGGAAGCCUGGAUAAAUUAAUAUUCCCUGACCCAGAGUCAAAAGCAGAAGUGCUGCCAUCGGAGCGAAGAUACGCAAUUCUGAAGGGUAUCGCUGCAGGGUUGUUAUAUCUUCACGAGCAAUGGGAACGCAGAGUGGUACACAGAGAUGUGAAAUCCAGCAAUGUGUUGCUUGAUUCAGAGCUUAAUGCAAAACUUGGAGAUUUUGGGCUUUCUCGUUUGUACGACCAUACUCAAAAUCCACAGACAACUCAGGUUGUAGGGACUGUUGGGUAUAUCGCUCCAGAAGUCACAAAUACAGGGAAAGUUACUCCAAGCUCUGAUGUAUUCAGUUUUGGCGUUGUUUUACUGGAAGUUGCAUGUGGCAGGAGGCCCGUAGAUUUGGCCAAGGAUAGUGAACAGAUUGUUUUGUUGGAUUGGGUGAAAGAUCUAUAUCAAAAUGGAAAAAUCCUGCAUGCAGCUGACCCUAAUCUUAAUGGUGUGUAUGAUGUGGAAGAAAUGGAAAGAGUGCUAAAAUUGGGAUUGUUUUGUUCUCAUCCUCAACCGGUAAAAAGACCUGGCAUCGGAACAGUACUGCAAAUAUUGGAAGGCCAAGCUCCAUUCCCCGGUCACGAGGCUCUACCGAUUUCUUACGAUGCAAGUUACAUGGAUUAUGGCAGUGCUGUUGUUCAUAUUACAGAUGAAGAGUCAACUGCCAAUCAAAUGAUUUCCAUUCCUGCAACCACUUCAACUAGCCAAGGUUAUGAGAUUGAUUCUGAUUAUGGUUUAGGCAGAUAAUUUUAAAAGUUGCCUUAGGCUUAUGCUUUUAUGGUAAAUUUCAACAGACUUUUACUUAUAUGUUUCAGUGCUGGGCAAUGGGCAGCCGUAAUCUCUGUACUUUUCUAUCUUAAAAGAUGUAUAUUAAAG